AUGAGGAACAGUGGGCAGUACUAUUUCAUUCUUGGCUCGUUAACGGUUUCUACUUUCGGCGUAAUUGGGCUGCUUGCGGCCAUAUGUGACAUCUAUCAGGAAAUCACGAACCUGCAGAUUACCGUCGAGAGCGACAUGGUUGCGUUCAAGGAAUUCGCAAAUGAUGCGUGGACAACAAUGAUACAAAUGCGUGUUCCGGAUAUCACAAAGUCAGAAGCAUUGGAAAGAGCAAAACGAGGCGGUGGAUAUUGGGAGGGUGCUGUUGGUGGUGGUGGUGGAGGUGGUGCUGGCUGUGCUCGGUGCAAUCCCCCUGCCGGCCCACCCGGCCCUCCUGGCGCACAUGGCGCUCCAGGUGAAGAUGGAUAUCCUGGAGAACCCGGGAGACCUGGAGGACAUGGCGCUACUCUUCACGCUCUUGAAGGCAAUAAUGGUUGCAUCAGAUGCCCAGCGGGACCUCCAGGACCACCAGGUCCAGACGGCCCAUCAGGUCUUGCCGGACCAAACGGUAACCCAGGAGCACCAGGCGUGGGCGGAGGGGGCGGAGCUCCUGGACCAAUGGGCCCACCUGGUUCUCCCGGGCAAAACGGUUCUCCAGGCAGCCCUGGACAGGAUGGUGCACCAGGAAGCCCCGGAACAAGAUCGCAUGGUAGUCCAGGACCAGCUGGGCCGAUGGGACCAAUGGGUGCCCCAGGUCAACCAGGUGCCCCAGGAGCUCAUCUUGGUGGUGGCACACCGGGUCCUGCUGGUCCAGCUGGUAGUCCAGGACAGCCGGGAAUGCCAGGAGGCAGUGGAGCACCUGGAGCGCCUGGAAUGAAUGGAAGUCCAGGAGGAGACGCUGAAUACUGCCCGUGCCCAAGACGUGGUUUUUCGAUGAGAUUGAAACACUAG